UCAGUGAUCUUGCCAUUCACUAUAAUUGGAGUAGACUCAGGCCAAGAGGCUUAGUCUAGUACCUCGAAUUUGUGAUAAAUCUCGAUAUUUUUAGUAAAUUUCGUUUAAUUUCGAUUAGUAGGAACGUGUGAUCUUAAACAAUGGCUCGAAUGUUGUCCAGAGAUAUAGCUGACAUUGAGAAUCUGUUGGCCCUGAAUCCGACGGUACCGUCCCAUGCCAAGGUGGUUUUGACCAAAACAACCAAGGCCAACCGGAAGUAUUGGAAGCGCAAUGGACCAAAGUCAUGUGCGACAUGCGGCGACCUUGACAAUAACUUUGACGAUGUGAAGCACACCACGCUGAGCGAAAGGGCAGCGUUGCGGGAGGCGGCCCGAUGCCUGAAAUGCGCCGACGCCCCUUGCCAGAAGAGCUGCCCAACCCAGCUAGACAUCAAGGCGUUCAUCACAAGCAUUGCAAACAGGAACUACUACGGUGCGUCCAAGGCCAUCUUCUCGGACAACCCCUUAGGUCUGACCUGCGGGAUGGUGUGUCCCACCAGUGACCUCUGUGUCGGUGGUUGCAACCUCUACGCCUCGGAGGAGGGACCCAUCAACAUAGGUGGCCUUCAGCAGUUUGCGACAGAGAUCUUCAAGGAGAUGAAGAUACCUCAGAUACGGGACCCCACCCUCCCAUCUCACGACGACCUCCCUGAGAGCUACCAGUCCAAGGUGGCCCUGAUCGGGUGUGGCCCUGCCAGCAUCAGCUGUGCCACCUUCCUGGCCCGUCUGGGGUACACCAACCUGACCGUCUUUGAGAAGGAGGAGUGGAUCGGCGGGUUGAGCUCCGCAGAGAUUCCGCAGUUCAGGUUGCCCUACGAGGUGGUGUCCUUCGAGGUGGACCAGAUGAAGGAUCUAGGAGUCAAAGUCGAGCUGAAGAAGGGUCUUGGUAUGAACGGCAUGACAUUGGAAUCUCUGAAGAUUUCCGGUCACGAGGCCAUCUUUGUAGGACUUGGCCUUCCUGAGGCAAAGAGGGCGCCCAUCUUCCAGGAUCUGACUGUGGAACAGGGCUUUUACACAUCCAAGGAUUACUUACCGCUGGUGUCCCUGGCAAGCAAAGCAGGUAUGUGUGCCUGCAAGACAUCACUACCCAAGCUCGAUGGCAAUGUGAUAGUUCUAGGAGCCGGGGACACAGCCUUUGACUGCGCAACGUCGGCGGUCCGCUGCGGAGCUAAACGGGUCUUCAUUGUCUUUCGCAAGGGCUUCACAACCAUCCGGGCUGUACCUGAGGAGAUGGACGUUGCCAGGGAGGAGCGCUGCGAGUUCAUGCCUUUCCUGUCGCCACGUAAGGUGAUCCUCAAGGGAGGGCGCAUUGCAGCCCUGGAGCUGUGUCGUACAGAGCAGGAUGAUGAGGAUAACUGGAUAGAGGAUGAGGAGCAGACUACACGCCUCAAGGCAGACUUCAUCAUCUCGGCCUUUGGCUCCACUCUGCUCAAUGAAGAAGUCAAGACGGCUCUAUCUCCAAUCCGGUUCAACAGAUGGGGUCUACCGGAGGUGUCGACGGACACCAUGCAGAUGAGUGAACCGUGGGCAUUCUGCGGGGGAGACUUGGGAGGAGUCGCCCAGACAACCGUGGAAUCGGUCAACGACGGCAAGACGGCCGCCUGGUUCAUGCAUAAAUAUCUACAGUCUCUUCAUGGUGUACCGGUCCCAAGCACCCCCGCCUUGCCCAAGUUUUGCACCCCUAUCGACCUGGUAGACACUAGUGUGGAGAUCUGCGGUCUCAAGUUUCCCAACCCCUAUGGGCUGGCCAGCGCCCCUCCUACCACCUCGGCCCCCAUGAUCAGACGUGCCUUUGAGGCUGGCUGGGGCUACGCCGUCACCAAGACAUACUCAUUGGAUAAGGACUUUGUGACGAACGUCUCGCCUCGCAUCGUGCGCGGGACCACCUCCGGGAACGUCUACGGCCCCGGCCAGGGCUCCUUCCUCAACAUCGAGCUCAUCAGCGAGAAGACCGCAGCGUACUGGUGCAAGAUCGUGACGGAGCUCAAGAGAGACUUCCCCGAUCGCAUCGUCAUAGCGAGCAUCAUGUGCAGCUUCAACAAGGAUGAUUGGACCAAGCUGGCCAAGAUGUCCGAGGAAGCUGGUGCCGAUGCCCUUGAGUUGAACCUGUCCUGCCCCCAUGGUAUGGGUGAGAAGGGUAUGGGUCUGGCAUGCGGGCAGGACCCAGAGCUCGUCCUUAACAUAUGUCGCUGGGUGAGGGCAGCAGUCAAGAUUCCGUUCUUCGCCAAGCUGACACCCAACGUGACCAACAUCCUCGACAUUGCUCGUGCUGCCAAAGAAGGCAAUGCUGAUGGAGUAACAGCAACCAACACAGUUUCAGGUCUUAUGGGACUGAAGGCCAGCUCCAACGCCUGGCCAGCCGUGGGCAAGCAGAAGAAAACCACGUAUGGAGGAGUGUCCGGCAAUGCCAUCAGACCUAUCGCACUCAAGGCAGUCUCGGUCAUAGCCAAUAAUCUCCCUGGCUUCCCUAUCUUGGCGACCGGAGGGAUCGACUCGGCAGAGUCUGCUUUGCAGUUCCUGCAUGCAGGGGCAAGCGCUGUUCAGGUGUGCAGUGCCAUCCAGAACCAGGACUUCACCUUGAUAGAGGACUAUGUGACAGGGUUGAAGGCAUUGCUCUACCUUAACAGUUUGGAUGAUCUAGGAGAUUGGGAUGGUCAGAGCCCACCUACCGUCAGGCACCAGAAGGGCAAGCUGGUCAGAGUGGCUGAUGUCAUUGGCAAGCAUCUUCCAUCCUUUGGGGCAUACCAGGAGGAGAGGAUAAAGGUGGUAGCGGCUCACAAGCGUAACCUGGACCUGACUGGAGACGACCAGCAACCCGCGCCCCAGAGGCCUGCCAGAGAACCCAAGAAACCCAUACCAACCAUCAGGGAUGUCAUAGGCCAAGCAUUGGACCGCAUCGGCUCCUACGGCCAGCUGGACAACACCGAACAGGUGGUGGCGCUCAUCGACGAGGAGAUGUGCAUCAACUGCGGCAAGUGCUACAUGACCUGCAACGACAGUGGCUACCAGUCUAUAACCUUUGACCCCAAGACCCACCUUCCCCGCGUGACCAAGGACUGCACCGGCUGUACGCUCUGCGCCAGCGUCUGCCCCAUCAUCGACUGCAUCCAGAUGGUGAAAAGGGACGGUCCCUACUCCCCCUACAGGGGAAUCCCCUUGGCAGUUGGAACAAGCUCUUGAGAUAUUAAACUUAUACUUGCAGCCUGUUCCCACAUAAUGCAGUAAAACGUCUCACAAAUGUCCCCCAAAUUAAAUAGAAAAACAGUGUGCUUAUAUGACCAACAAGAAUUUUUACCUCCACACCACUCUUCUAAGUUCUUGUAUGCAGUUUUUUUUUUUGCACAUUUAUUUUUUGCGCUUCAUAAUGGUUUAUAGGAGCAAUUUACAGUUGAUGCAUGUAUUUGGGCUGGACUUAUAUCAAACUUUAAGCGGUGAUGGAAUGGAAAUAAUGAAAUUCAAGUUUGAAGAUAGGGAAUAAUCAUGGAAUGAUUUUCUCUUGAUACUUUAAAAUCUAAAACUUUGGUGAGAGCAAAACUUUGUCAAUUUCACACUGCAAAAUAAAUUAAUCACAAAUCUGAAUUGUUUUUUUUUUUUUAAUAAAAGAAGUUCCUGUUUUUAGGGAUUUCUAAUUAAAUCCAUAGCUACUUGCAAGAGAUAGUUACAUCACCAGAAGUUGCUUCUGAUUGGUCAGGACUUUAACAAAGCUCUAAAAUGGGUCCUGCGCAUAGAGAUUACACAUGGGGGGAACUAUUGGGAGCAACUCUAUUUAACCUAUGACCCAUGUCGCGUAUGCCUAGAUGCGCAUGUCACAACUAUCUUUCUCAAUGUGCUAUGCUUUAAUUCUUUACCAGUAACAAACCCGAGCCACCAAAAGUUUUUUUUUCUCAGGAUAAAUUCUUUCUUGUACGACCAAUUUUGUAUUCUGGCGAUGUGGUAAUAUACAUUUUGGUAUAUAGAACCUGUAGAGAUAUAAAGCUGUAAUCAUCUUGAAUCGCUGCUUGCUUAAUAUAUAUAUAAAUAAUUAAAUUACAUGUAUGUGAAUUUGUAUCAAAUUGUUUAUAAUCAUGCUUGAGUAAUAGUACUAGAAAAUGCCUCAUGUUCUGUGUUCUCACUGAAAAGGGUGGUACUUGUAUACAGUGUACAUGAAACAAAUUGUGUUUAAUUUUAAAUUUUGUUUUAAAUAAUUUUUGUUAAUCAUUAUCAUUAUUGGGUUUUUUCGAGUGUUUAUGAUUUGUUGAUGUGAUGUGAAGAUGUGCUAAUUCUCAUUAGUUCUUAUAGUAGCAUAUAUUGGUUUAUUAGAUAAGUCUGUCAUCAUUAUUUUACUGCGCUUGAUUUUUAUUAUUUUUUUUGUUCAAUUUUUGUUUUUAGUGAGUAUGUACGAAUCAUAUCAAUUUGUGAAUAGCACAGUGCCUUUGGGUGUGGCUUAGCAAGGACUUGAUUACCUUGAUAGUGUAUGUAAUGUGUGUAAGUAAUAAGCUAUGGCCAAAUCAUGUCCCUAUUUGGAAUCUUUUUGAUUACCUAUUGAAUCAAAGAGUAAAAAUAUAAAAAGGUUCCUUGAAAACUAAGUGCCACAAAUAUAUAUAUUUUUCACUACAUUCUCAGAAAGAGUUAGACUUUUUCAUUCACUGUAAUAGCCAAAUAAAUGUACUUUAAAAUUUCUAUCUAUUUUCUUGAUCUUCUAUUGUUUGAAGAUGAAAUAACAGAAAAAGCUACUUAUUGUAUACAUUCCUUAAAAAUUGUGUUGUAGAAAUAUUUUAUUCGCUUAUUACAUUUCCAAGAAAGAAAUUAUGAUUGAGUCUAUAAAAUGAUAUUCGGAUAUCGAAUCGAUUAUCAAUUUUAUUUGUAAAAAAUUAACAAUGUUGUUUUACUUAGCGUGAGCUUUACUUAUAGUGAGCUUGUUUUGAUUGAUAAGAUCUGAAAUUCUGAAAUCUAUUUUCGCAAUGUACUAAGGGUACAGGCUAUUGCUUUAUACUGCUCCUGCUUUAUACUGCUCCUGUAGGCUUUAUUGUGCUCCUAAUUUUAUGCACAAUAUUUUGUGAAAAGAUAUUUUCCACAUAUUACUGAUUAUCACCACGUAUAAUGCUUAGUUUUUUAUGAUAUAUACACCUUUGUCAAAGACAUGCUGUCUGAAAAGUAAAUAUACAAGAUGAUCUAUGAAAUUAAAGGAAUGAGGCUCUUUCAAAACACAAUUAAUAUAUAUCAUGAGAUACAAAUUGCCUUUAUUUUUCAAAUGAAUAAUUUUCUAAAGAUCUAUGUAUGAAUGAUAUGAAUAUCGCGAUGAUAUCAUAUAUAUAUCAUAAAUUCCAACAUCAUUUUGUAUGCGAGUACUUGUAGUUAUGAAAUAGUUAUUGGAGGUAGAUAUACAGUGUCGUCUUCCAGUAUUCCUUUGAUUAUAAUAUUUAGACAAGAGAUUUGUUUCCAUCCUGAGAAUAUUUUAGGCAAAAUAUAUUGGAUGACACAUUUGAGUCUUCAGUAUAUAUUUUAUCCGUGCAUAUUUUGAUAAAAAGCAAGUAUUCUACCAUUUACUUAUAAAUGUAUUAGGAAAAGUACUAUCUUAUAUCUUGUGUCUGUUUUGUUUUAUUGCGCUUCUCUUCAGGUAUAUUUUAUCACAUUUUUUAGUUAACGCACAAGUUACUACAUCAGGUUUAGAUACAUGUGUACUUUGUUUAGCUGUAAGGGGUUAGGCUCGACUAUCACAUGACAUCUGGCCCCUUUUACCAAUCAAUAUUUUAUCAUCUAGUAUAUGUAAAUAUCAUUGCAUGAAAUUUAUUACUGUAUUGCUGUUGGUAAAUAAUCAAAUCAAAUCAGACCUCAAGAUACAUCAGGAAAAUGAGAUUUAAAAAUGUGUGUAAUAGACAAAAUCGUCUGAUCCAUCAUUUGGUUUAGGGCAUUUCACAUUGUAUGUGUGCUGGUACAAAUAGAUAACCUGUAAUUUCCUUUAUGUUAUGGAAGAGGAACAGAAUAGCGGCCUUCUCAAACUAAUAAUCAUAUUUCAUUUUCGAGGAGUCAAGACUCAAGGUUUAUAAUGAAUGCAGGGUCGUACCAUUCUACAUGUAUUUUGUGUUUGAAUAUGAUUUUGAAUGAAGUAAGCGAUCCAGUCGUAUGUUGUUCUGUGUAUUCAGAAAAAUGCUGCAAGGGUUGCUUUUUAAUUAUACUAUCCUGAUUACUUUCCAAAGAUUUGUGUAAUCUCCUUCAAGUCAUGUAAAGAAACUUAUUUCUUGAGCUCAUGUAAUUUCUGUAGAAACAAGAAUUCAAAUAUUGAAAAGAAGUGAAAACCAAUUAUUUUGAUUUUUUUCACUAUAUUACUCGUCACUUACACAAUAUUAUUACCUUAGCAGUAUUCUAAUACAAGUACUUGUAAAGGUAAAAUCUUAUUAGAAUUCUUAUUUCACUCUUCCAUUAUAAGAGGUUGUACAACAAUACAUAUGUUAGGUUUCAGAUAAAGCUUAAUUGGUUGUAAUCAUCUUUUUAGUGGAUGCAUAACUUUUUUAUAUUUCAUUAUUACAACGGCCAUUCCCAUUACAUCUUUUAAGAAGAAAAACAAAUAUUUAGAAAGCCUGUAUAGAAAAUCAUGCCUUGAUUAUUCUUAGCUUUUAUACAGUAGUUGUGAUUUUAGUAAUAGAACGAUUUUACACCAUAUAUAUAAUUGCAUGAUUAUGUAAAAUGUGUCAUAUCCUAAUAUGUGUUUAGAAGUGGACUAAUUUUACAUAGGAGCUGCAAAAUCAUGUAUGAAAUAUCAAUUCCUGAAAUUUAUCAUAUAACCCAAUGCUUGCAAAAUAAUUGCAUUCCCUAUUAAUAAACAUGAUACGUUUGAAUAAUCAA